AUUACACUCGGCUAACGAACUGUGAAAGUGUGAGAUGCUGACCUGUGCAGACGUUGCAUUCCAGCAGAAACUUCGCGCAGCUCCGCUUUCCAAGGGCGGCCCUUCGCUUUCCGAGCUGCUCCAGCCGGGCCAUUAUUGGCCCAUGGCGCCAUGCUUCGUCUUGCUCAUCGUUUCCCUGUCGCCAGGUCGUCCUUCAGCAUUGUAAAGUCGCACCAAGAUCUGCAGCUGCGGCUUGCAAGUGCGAAGCCCGCUGCCAAGAGCGCGUCUGAGGAUGUGCCAAGCACCGAGCAUUUGAAAGGGAGAAGUUUCGAGCUCGAGCGGGUUUUCUCAAAGAAGGAUCUUCUGCAUUUUGGUUGGUUGACGGGGGACUCAAACCCCAUCCACCUUGAAGACAGUGCGGCCAGGCGGGCCAACUUUGAGAGCUGUGUAGUGCAUGGCAUGCUGGCCGCGUCGCUCUUCCCAGCCAUCAUCGGUUCUAAGUAUCCCGGAGCAGUAUAUCUUUCGCAAGAGGUGAACUUCAAAGCCCCGCUCCUCGUCGACGAACACGUGACAGCGACCGUCAAGUGUACUUCCGCCAAGUUGCUCCGUCAGACAUAUAGGGCCGUCUUCUCAACAGUCUGCUGCAAGGACGAUGGCACCGUCGUUAUUGACGGGGUAGCCAGAGCUCUGAUACCGGUGGCCAGUGUCAAGGCGGAAGGCAUGUCAACAAAGUAAUCAGAAUCUCGAUCCAUAGAUCUCCCAGUUUAUGAUGGAGAAAGGAUAUGCGAGUGAGAGGCUGGGUCCUCCUGAAAACGAUUUCAGUUGUAUCAAGUGCGGGCACUACCUCGGGCUGAAUGCCAGCCGGCUGUUCCAUUCCAAGGAAUACUUUCCAGCGGGAAACAAGGGAACGCUGUCGUUCCAGGUGGCCGACGAGCGGUGCUUCGUACAGAAGCAGGAGAGCAAGUGCGGGCCGUUCUUUGAGACGGCCGAUUCCUGGGGAAUCCAGCGGACGCGGACGGCGCUCUUCUGCGCCCAGUGUAAUUCGAAGAUUGGGUACAUCUACCAUGAUGGUCCGUCGGUGGAGAACACCAUCGGGCAGUUUGGGAUGGGGCCUAGCCAGGUCCUGCCGCGGAUGCAGCGGUACAGGAUCAAGAAGAAAGCCGUGAUUCCAACCCAGGAUGUGCCAGCGCAUCCCGAAUAUCAGCAGGGCUUUCAGAAGGAAGUUGAUAUGCCAAAGAGCAUUGCCAAGUAGCCCGCAAGACAAGUUAAAGUCGAGAUGAACUGCAUAUUGCCUGUUGUACAUAGAAAAGGUCAAGUCAAUAAGGGAGUGUGCUUUGCGAACAAUAGUGCCCGCUAUCAUAUCUACCAAAAUUUGUAAACAGCAAAAGUGGCAGUGGUGUUUUUACCAUAACAGUAAAUCUUAUAUGUGUCUGCACGUCGUGAACAUCAACCGUCAUGAUCCACCGUCCGCUUGCGCGGAAGCUGUGCCAGCAU